UUAUCAGACAAGGAUAUAGGAACACACAAAAACCAGGAAGACAUGAGCGACAGAGUUUGCACUCAUCCGGUGUUGUCGUCUGCAUAUUUUGAUUUAUGUAUUUGUCUGAAACUAUCAUAGCAAUAAAAAAUGAUCAUUUUGGUAUGUUUAGCGUUCCUGUUAUCACUUCCGGUGGUGUCGUCUGCAGACGCAGCAAGGACGCCAUGUUGCACACCGGAAAUAUUCACUGCGGAACUGUACGUGCUGUCUGCGGUGCUGACAUCCGGUUCUUCUCAACCAAGUAUCAGUGACGACGUUAUCCACCUAACGUACGACUACACGCGCCGACAGACACGUCAGAUCGGUCGCAAGCUGGUGAAUCCGGCCACCGGGGUGAAGACCAACUACAUCAUGUACAGCGACUAUAAACACCACAAGGUGUACACUCUUAAACAUGGCAUGUGCUCUGUGGAGCCGCUGACGUUCCCGAUGAUAGAGCCGUGUGUAGCAGCCAAUUUUAACUACGGAGGCUCGUACCACAUCUAUUCUGGCGUCAACAGCUCCCAGGUUCACAUGUGGAGCGGACUGUAUCUCGGCGCUCUGAUGAUGAGCGUCCACGUGUCCGGUAGUGAAUGCGAACCAGUCUCGCUCAGCUACCAUGGCGUUGUCCCCGGUGUUGGCGUACAACUGUUAACCACCUCACGGUUUCUGGAUGUUACAACGUACACUUCACUUCCUCCUGCCGUCUUCAGCCUUCCGGACGAGUGUAAACAUCUUCCUCAACUUCAAGGGAAAUAAAACCUAAGGAGUGUCCAUUUCAAAUUGAAACAUUAUUUUGUACUGAUAAAAUAGCACAGAUAUCAUUG